AUGCCCACCAACAACUGGAACACCACCUCCGGCUCCAACGAAUCCGGCGUAACGGGCGCCGCCAAAUUCCUCACUUCCACACUGGGCAACACCGUCGGCGGUGUGUCAAAGACAGUUGGGGGCGUGACGGGCGCCGCAACGCGCGGGCUCGGCGAUACGGUGAACAGUGCUGCCGGCAGCACGGGACGGCCUGUGGGCGAUGCACUGGGGAAUGUCGGGACGGGGCUUGAGGAUGGGCUGAGGAAGUGGAAGUGA